AAGCAGGCCGCCGCGCCGCCCAGCAGCCCCACAUACACGGCCGCGCGCCCCGGCCGGGCACUAGCCUCCGCCGCCGCGUCCCUGCAGGCCUCGGCGUAGUCCCGGAGCAGCGCGCGGGCCCAGGACCCUGAGGGGAGAGGAGCGCGGUAAGAGUGAUCCGGCCGCGGCGGCCACCCACCCUGCCGCCUUCCGCAGCUACUCACCCAGCCGCGCCCACACUCCCGGCUUCGCCGCUGCAACGUCGCCCGCCUCUGCGCGGCGUCGGGACCAAAAUCUCCUCAGAGCCGCCGCAGCCAUCCUCUUCCGUCUUGGGGGUCCUUGCUCCGGGAAGAAACUCUUGAUAUCCUAAGUUAAGAGCCCGGGAGGCUCUUCUGCGCAAGCGCCAACUUUACCGGAAGUGGCUUCCCAACGGGAAAGGAUAGAAAGAGGACCGGCGCCGGAUGUUGCUGUCCGAUCCGAGUCGGGUAGACGCUGACGGGUAGGCAAACUGCGCAGUCGCAGAGAGCCCCAGCCACGCCAGCCCAGGUGGCCUCCGGUGAGGGGGACGGAGCGCACCUGUGGCGACGGGGCGACGAGCUCAAGACUCCGUGGGUGCAGCUGGCCGCCAGCGAGGGAUGCGAAGGCGCCCCUGAACGACCAUGGCAUCGGCUGACGACCAGGCCUUCCACGAAUUCGAGGAGGCCACUAAUCUUCUGGCUGAGACCCCAGAUGCAGCCACAACCAGCAGAAGUGAUCAGCUGACCCCACAAGGGCACGUGGCUGUGGCCGUGGGCUCAGGUGGCAGCUAUGGAGCCGAGGAUGAGGUGGAGGAGGAGAGUGACAAGGCCGCGCUCCUGCAGGAGAAGCAGCAGCAGCAGCCCGGAUUCUGGACCUUCAGCUACUAUCAGAGCUUCUUUGACGUGGACACCUCACAGGUCCUGAACCGGAUCAAAGGAUCACUGCUGCCCCGGCCUGGCCACAACUUUGUGCGGCACCAUCUGCGGAAUCGGCCGGAUCUGUAUGGGAUGGAGUUUCACCGUGUUAGCCAGGCUCGUCUCAAACUCCUGACCUCAGGUGAUCCACCCGCCUCAGCCUCCCUAAGUGCUGGAAUUAAAGGCCCCUUCUGGAUCUGUGCCACGUUGGCCUUCGUCUUGGCUGUCACUGGCAACCUGACGCUGGUGCUGGCCCAGAGGAGAGACCCCUCCAUCCACUACAGCCCCCAGUUCCACAAGGUGACCGUGGCAGGCAUCAGCAUCUACUGCUACGCGUGGCUGGUGCCCCUGGCCCUGUGGGGUUUUCUGCGGUGGCGCAAGGGUGUCCGGGAGCGCAUGGGGCCCUACACCUUCCUGGAGACCGUGUGCGUCUACGGCUACUCCCUCUUUGUCUUCAUCCCCAUGGUGGUCCUGUGGCUCAUCCCUGUGCCUUGGCUGCAGUGGCUCUUUGGGGCACUGGCCCUGGGCCUGUCGGCCACCGGGCUGGUAUUCACCCUCUGGCCUGUGGUCCGUGAGGACACCAGGCUGGUGGCCAUGGUGCUGCUGUCUGCCGUUGUGCUGCUCCAUGCACUCCUGGCCGUGGGCUGUAAGUUGUACUUCUUCCAGUCACUGCCUCCGGAGAACGUGGCUCCUCCACCCCAAAUCACAUCUCUGCCCUCAAACAUCCCGCUGCCCCCUACCCUGCCAAAGUCCAUGGCCCCCUCCUAGAAAGGCCCGGGUCCCACAGACAAUUCUUUCUUUCAGGCAACACCUAAGUGGACCAACCCCUCUGCCUGUCCUGCCCCCCAGAUGAUGACUGAAGGCUCCCUUGACACCUUGAGAUGACUCUGCUACUUUUCAGACUUUUCUUACAAAGCAAACACUUUUAUUUUCUAUGCAAAGGUGAUUCAGAGAAUUUAUAUAAAGGCGGGAGAGGGGCAGCCGAGCAGGGAGCUUUGGGACAGGGCUGGGGCCCCCAUAUCCUCCUGGGCCACCUGCUUUCCCUCCCAUGGCUCCCCUGGACAGGAGAGAGAGCCAAGGGGGCGCUCCAGCCUGGACAGCACCCGCUCCUGCCUGGGUGCACACAUGGCAGGCCUGGGUCCGGGCCUGAGCUCCAGCAUCUGAGUUUGGGGGUGUCAGAAACAUGGGAGCAGAAGGAGAAGAAAACUGCCUGUGCUGCAACACGUUUCCUUGUUUAUUUUUUCUUUCUUUUUCUUUUUUUUUUUUUUUCUGGAGGGAGAGGUCCCUGCAAGGUCCCUUCCCAGGCAGGGGAGGGACGGAAAUGCCGUCACAGUAGUAGGGACUAGAGCGUCUACAAGGAUGGAGGGGAGCUACUCAGGCCUAACAUUAGCUACAAGGAAAAAGGACGCCUUCCGUGACAGAUCUCUGAGGUGUCUGUGUCUGCCCCAAGUGGCCGGCAGUGGCCUUCCCUCCGGGCCCAAGGCCUGCAGCCACCUGCUCUAACUCUGGGUUGGGGGGUGCUGGGGGGACUGCAGGGGCUCGGGGACAGAACAGCAGCAAGAGGCAGGGGCCGAGGACGGAGGCCUUCCCGACAGUGGGGUGGGUUGUACAUUCAAGUGUGAGGUGAACCCUUUGGUGGGGAGGGGGUCCCUGAAGCCUCGGCGGGGCCACCCCUCCCCGUGGCGCCUCUGAGUCUAGGGAGAGGGGCUGCUGGCUCGGCCCGGCCGGCCUGGCUUCACAGAGGGUCUGCGGAUUGACACUGGUUCUUUUCGUAAAAAAAUAAAAUUAAAAAAAGCAGCA